GGAGGGGAGCAGCGAGGCGAGGCGAAUUGCGGAGGAACUGCAGAAUCCGACGAUGGCUCUGGUUGGAGGGAGGGCCGUGAGGAGCUUGUAGCGGAGCGGGGCAGAGCAGAGCUCAUGGCUUCAUGGAGUGGGCCCGUGCGUGCGAUUUCGGUGCAAUCUGGGGCACCUUUUGGUGAAAACGCUGGUUUGCAAAACCUGUCGAAGUAAUGAUGCGCACUAAUAAGGAGGAUCGCAGCAAUUAGGUCGAAGCUCUGGCUUUGUGAGAGCGAGGCCCGUGAUGUCCUCGGCUGUUCUGUCCUGCGUUUUCUCCCUUUCCGCUGUUACGCGAGGAGUGGACGUGCCCUCUGGUGCCCGACCUCGUCUCCAGCGAGGUCUGAAUGUCAGGCAGGAAUGAAAAUGGUCUGCGAGCCCGACAAGCCGGAUUGGCGAUGUAGGGCGAGCGACAGCGUCGCGAGUCAGGAGGAGCUCGAUGCGCCUCGCUUUCUCUCGCGCCUUCGUGCACUUUGACGGAGCGCUUGGCCGCGGGGCUGGGCUGGAAUGCAGGAGGUCCGGAGAGAGUCGGAGAGCGGCCUGGGAGCUCGUUGUGCCGCAAGCGGAAAGCUCAUGUGACAUGUCCCAGCUGUAUCCCGACGUGGGGUCUGUGUGAAGAUCGGGAUGUGAGCGCUUGUCAGGAGAUGGAGGAAACAGAAGAGCAAAAUGUGCCCGUCGUCGAUGAGGCAAUGCGGACAAGGGUGUUCCCCGUCUUAGGCGGAGUUGUGAGUGCAAGUGAGUGGGCUGGCGGAGGUGUUGUGAAGGUUGUCACGGAUAGAUUGCAGGUUUUUGGGACGGAGAGCUAUUCUCUCGAGGCUGCACGUGAAGGAGAGGAUGAUAUAGCCUCUGUGUGCACGGAAGCUCCUUCUACAGGUGGAUUACCUUCGAAAUUUCUGAGUGCGUCCAGCCCUUUCUUGAAAGUAGUUGCAGACAAUGUCAUCGAUAGGCGGGAAAGUGACGCGGACGAUGGGCGGGAAAGAGGUCCCAAUCUAGGAAUUGCUCCCAAAGCUUCUAAUGGCUCAUUAUCCAACUGUCGCGAUCCUGUCUGGUCGAACUUGUUUCCAGAGAAGGCAAGUCAGCAGCGUUUGAAAAAAUUGCCGCUGGCCACAAGUGUAGGGAAUGCUUCUGAAAAGACAGCUGAAAUAUUUGCGCACGGGGUGGAUAGCAACACCGCUGCCGGUGGUGCUGUACACGAGCGAAUGUCCGGGUCAAAAUCUUCUAGAAAAUUGGGGAUACUCGCCGGGACCCCUGAGCGCGUUUAUCGUCGAAGGCAACGAAGUUUGAAGGAUUUAUCUCUUCACGACAAUAUAUGCUCCAAUCACUCCAAGGGUGGAGUUGGGACUUUCUCAGCUGGUGUAAAAGCUGGUGUUAAAGCUGGCGAAACGGGCUUGUCAGUCAACAGUCCUCCUGUAAAAGUUCGACGUAAAGCUAAAGUUCUCCACAAUGAGCGCAGUAUUCAUCCCGGUCAUUCUCGUCUGAAAUGGACUCCAAAAGACAUCUCUCUGUUGGGUGGAGCAGAUAAUUCCUUUCAGUCGGCAGAUGUCGCGGCAAUUCCUGGGGUACAAAGGCAGAGUACACUGGACCAACUUUGGAAGCAGCCUGCUGUAACAAUCGGUUGUACAGGUUUCGUAAAAAAUGGGCCAAAGGAAACUCACCCGGUGGAAAUCUUCGUUUCAGGGGUAUCUAAACGCGAGCGUGCUGCUGCCAUUGCCAAGCGGAAAAUGGCUGGUGCAGAUUGCAAUACGACCGAGCUACCUCCUAAAGGCAACGUUUUCCCUGUUAUCCCUCUAGAUAAUGAGGCAUUGCAUAGAAAGCGCCAAAAGACCUGGAGGUGGAAACGUGGAUCAAAGUCGGUCUCCGGUUUGUCUUCUGAUGAAUUUCCGGAGAAAAGUAUAGCUCAAGUUGGCAGGGUGGGACACCAAGGACUGUCAUCUUCAGCCAAAGUCCAGGUAAGGAAAAGGCCAAGUCAGUUAACCGUGGCUGAGUUGCAAUCAUCCGCAAUUCCAGACGGCAUUCAGACGGCACCGGCCUUGAAAAAGGUGAAGCACUUGGGAGAAAGUGCUUGUACAGAUUUAGUCAUGAAACUUACGGGCAGGAAGCAAGUACCGAGGAUAAGAAAAGAUGGAAGACCCGAUGAAAGAUUCAAGCAGAUAGGAAGUGUUUGUGUAGUUACUCAGUCUCACGUUAGUGUACAGUGUGAUCAGCCUCCAGUUCUGGAGGAUGAAAAAGGAAUGCGCCCGGAAGAAUCUACAUCGAAGGUUUUCGAACGGAAACAUCCUGCGGGGUAUAGAAAGGAUGGGAAACCUGAUGAAAGAUUCAAGUUUAAGAAGGCGGGACCAGGCUCUGCAGAUUGCUCCACACAACCAUGGGACCCGACACCUUACUUAUUUACUCAAGAGAAGUUCAAAAGUGGAGAUGGAGUUUCAGAUUCCUCUGCUCUUGAAGGAAGCAAAUUAAUAUCUGGCAUCAGAAAGAGUAUAAAAGCUGAGCCUUCUCUUAUUUGCAAAGAAAAGUCAGCUACGGCUUAUCUGUUGGCUGAUUCCUUAGAAGGCACUCAUUUGACUCAGGACUUUCCUUAUCAGAGAAGGUCUUUAGACCCCGCGGUGCUCGCCGACGAAGUGAGUUCUAAGCAAGAAAAGAGAUUUUCACUAGGCACUAGGAAGGAUGGCAGACCUGAUGAGAGGUUCAAGCGUAGAGACAAUUCGACAAUGGGAGCUAGUGUCGGGCUCGAAGCGAAUGGUCAGCCUAGCAGUCUCAAUUUGAAUCGCGGGAAAAGAACAAAAUAUAAACCACUUUCCAGAACUGCCGUAGGAAAGCAUCAACAGAAUAAGCUUCCAGCAGAUGAUUCCACAGAUGUAAAUGUUUCUGACAUCGUUGGCGAAGCCAGCAACGACUCCAAAGUACGGUUGCUUGAACGAUCGGAGGUCAAUGUGGAGGAAACUAAGCGAAUGAAGCAGCUCACUGAAGUAGCAAUGAGGCUCUCUUCUGGGACCGAGAAGGGAUCUAAAAGAAGGGCUAAGAAGAGCAGGGAAUAUCAACCAGACGAGCCAGCCAAAGUUGUUGGACUACAGGAUGCAAAUGUUACAGCUGCGAUGAGUCACGUGAAGAAGCUCCCCGAAGUUCAAAAGAAUGGAGUGAGGAAACCGAAGAGGGUGCAGCUGAAGCGUCUGUUUGUGGACAAUCCGGAUCACCCUCAACCACCUGUCUACAGUAAAUUGAUGAACAGUCGAGUGAUAAAGUCUUUGUGGAGCCCUCCUAAGCAGAUGAAGCACAUGGCCGAGAAGGGUCCUGUAGAAUCUAGCUUUGCUCCCAAAACAGCGAAGUCCACCAAGUUCCUAUCAUUGCAACAGCUUGAUAGGCAGGAGAAACUGGAGAAGCCAGUAGGAAGGCCGGGUUUAUCUGUGAAAGAAAUAUCUGAUCAGAUGUGUGCCUCUGACGAAACUAUCUCUGACUGUCCUCUUGCCAUGAAGAGUCAGACUCCACAGUCGAGCCUUCUCGUUACAGAUGAUCGACAUCAACCUCGUAACAAGCAAAAGGUGGGAAUAAGGUCUUCACACCUCAGCAAUGUUAUUGUGUCGAGCAAAGAGCAUUACAAUUUGAAGGUCUCCACGUCUGACCAGCCUGUACUUUCCGGACCAUCUGAGAAACAGCAAGCAGAUCUCGGAGAUAUGAAUCCUGGGGUGAGAAUGACUCCUAGAACACGGAAACUAACUGACGCCAUGCAGAACUUCCUCUUACAGAAGGCAACACUGUUACAACAAUGGAAAGAAAUGGAACUCGGAAAAAUUCAUCCUUCGGCUUUAAUAGGUCGCAGUUGCAAGAUCUUUUGGCCGUUGGACAGUGAGUGGUAUCCAGGAGUCAUACAUGAGUAUAAUCCUCAGACGCGAAAGCAUCGGAUUGAUUAUGAGGACGACGAAAGGGAAUGGGUACUUCUUGGCAAAGAACGAGUGAAGCUUUACGUGUCAGCAGAAGAAAGCAAGGCAUUGGAAAUAUCAUUUGGAGAAGGUUCCCUUAUGGGAGAAUCAAAGAAGUUGGACGCAGAUGAGCUGGCGGUCUUGGCGGCAGGCAUGGAAGACUAUGGAGGGGAACUUAGUCAUGGCGAUCUUGUGUGGGCCAAAGUGAAGGGUUAUCCGAUGUGGCCAGCAUUUGUGAUGGAUGAAGAACACGCAAUCAUCAGUGGGCUAGAACCGGCAAGUCGCGAGCGCACUGUACCUGUUCAAUUUUUCGGCAGUUAUGACCAUGCAAGGAUCAGCUGCAAAAAAGUCAUACAAUUUUCUAGAGGGAUCAUGCACAAGUAUCACACGAAAUGUAAGAGGACUGUCUUUGAGCAAGGGCUGCAAGAAGUCGAGAGGUAUCUGAAGGAAUGCAAGCUUCCGGAGAGCAUGAUGCAGCUCCAGGAAGAUGUCUCAGACAUCGCGAAAGAAAAGAUAGAGGGUGCAGUGAAUCCCGAAGAAAGCGAAGAAGAAGCAGACUUUGGAAAAGAUGAGAAGUUAAGCGUGAUCAAGAAGAAUCUAGAAUGCCCAUUGACUAUGCCAUUGAAACUUGGAGGCCUUCAGGUCCUCUGUCUAGGCAAAAUCGUUAGAGACUCCGAACAAUUUCACAACGAGCAUCAUAUUUGGACUGACGGAUACUCUGCUAUUCGGAAGUUUACCUCGAUAAAGGAUCCUCAAAAGCUUGUAGAUUACAAGAUGGAAAUCGAGAGGAAUCCAACCAUGCGAUCAUUACCGUUAUUUCGAGUAUCUCCGGAGGAUGGUAAACCGGUAGAGGGUCCGAGUGCAUCAGCAUGCUGGAAACGAAUCCUCAUAAAGAUUCAAAGAGUGAAAGAGAAAGCCGGACUUUGCGAGGCCACCUUGCUUGAAAAGAAACGUCAGUCUUUCAGAUCCGGUCCUUCCUUAUUUGGUUUUGGCAAUCGACGGGUGGCCAAACUUAUACAGACUUUACCGUACGCAAGAGUUUGCUCCAAAUUCACUGCGUGGAUUGAGAAACCUUUACUUGAGGAUGGUGCUGAGGAACCGCUGCCAGCUGGUUAUAGGCCAGUCGAGUUUCGAUGGAAGCACCUUGAUCGAUGUAGUGUGUGUUACUUAGAUGAGGAAUAUGCCGAUAAUCAGCUGCUGCAGUGCGAUAAGUGCAGGAUCAUGGUGCACAUGUACUGCUAUGGUGAACCCGAGGCGCCAGAUGGAGACUUGUGGUUGUGCAACCUCUGCCGUCCUGGAGCACCUAGAAAUGCCCCUUUUUGCUGCCUGUGUCCUGUUACAGGUGGGGCAAUGAAGACAACCACUGAUGGGAGAUGGGCCCAUAUCACAUGUGCCAUGUGGACGCCAGAGACUUGCCUAGUCGAUGUUAAACGGAUGGAGCCCGUCGAUGGAAUAAGUGCCAUUAACAAGGAACGGUGGAAACUCGUUUGCACUGUCUGCAAAGUGCCAUAUGGAGCCUGCAUACAGUGUUCUAAGCCGCACUGUCGUGUAUCAUUCCAUCCCUUGUGUGCAAGAGCAGCGGGUCUGUCCAUGGAGGUGAUGGAAGAAAAGGCUGGAAGUGUGCCAGACAAUGACAGUGGUCUCCAACUGCUAACAUAUUGCAAGAAACAUAAACCAGCAGCUCAAGGAGGGUGUACCAAACCACAAUCUCAGCAACAUGUUGCAGCAGCGAGGAUUGUCCAAACGGACUGCCCCCAACCCAGUUCCUCGGGGUGUGCUCGUGGUGAACCUUACAAUAGUGCCCUUCGACGUGGACACAGAGAACCUGAGGCACUUGCUGCGGCCUUGCGAAAACGCUCUUUCGUGGAAAAUAUGCCUUACAUUGUAACUGGGUGUAUGAGAAGUCCUCCAGAUCGAGAUUCGAAAGGGUUUGGUGGUAGUCUCUGGUCUUUUCACUGGAAGCAGUCCAGAAUAUCUAACGCAUUGUCUACUGAGGGUCCACUGAACGAGGAUGAAAUUGACAAUGGGAAGAUUGUACUAUCCAUGUCAGAAAGGUUUCGUCACAUGAAAUCCACCAUGCACCAACGUCUGACUUUUGGCAAGUCCGCAAUUCAUGGUUGGGGAGUCUUUACGAAAAGGGCUCACUGUGCAGGCGACAUGGUUAUCGAAUAUGCUGGGGAGAUUGUUCGCCCUAUAAUUGCCGACAUCCGAGAACGUCGCUCCUAUGACUCCCUUGUGGGUGCUGGAACGUAUAUGUUUCGCAUUGAUGAUGAGCGUGUAGUGGAUGCAACUCACGCUGGAAGCAUAGCACAUCUCAUCAACCACUCUUGUGAGCCAAACUGCUAUUCAAGGGUGGUAGCGGCCAGCGGUGAAGAUCACAUAAUAAUUUUUGCCAAACGAGAUAUUCCUGAAGGAGUGGAGCUCACAUAUGAUUACAGGUUUGCCUCAAAGGAUGAACUGUUGACAUGCUAUUGUGGGUGUACUGGUUGUCGGGGUUCUGUUAACACGUUUGGGUCUGACGAAGAGCCAACGAGAAUAAUUGCUCCUCGGUCCGAGCUUACAAAGUGGAUUGUAUGAACCGAGAUCGUCCACGAACAACCUACUUGAGCAAUUCUAGGCAUCGGCUGAAUCGGAAGAGGUCUAAGUCCAGGAUGUGUCAUCAUAAGCAAGGAUGGAGCAAGAAUUAGACUUGUAUCAGCGUUGUCAUCACUAACUGCCAGUCUCCAAAUGAAUUGUGAUACCUUGUUACUGUCAUUGCUUAUACCGCCUAGUAGAUGGUAGAGAAUAUUCAAAUUUUUGGGAAUAGUUUUCGACAUUCGAGGGUCGGAUAUUGUAAGUAGGAGGAUAGAAACUGUCUCUGCCAGAAAGUUGCCAAGCAUGUCUUUCAAUUUGGAAGUAAGGUAGACUCAGAACUGUUGACAGACCUCUUCCGUGGCUUCCACUAUCAGUAGGAAACGAUGAGUGGAUGAGAUUUUCCACUGAGAUUCCCUUUAUGUAGUCAGUCAAUCUUAGAUCAGGACAUUCUUUUGUUUAAACUAGUUGCUUUUACGCCUUGCAUCUGUUCUGUAAGCCUCUGAUAUGAAGUUUUUAAGCCGGAUAAAGAAAUUAGUACUUGUACAUUGAACAAUCAAUACAACAAUUUGCUUGUAUAUGAUUCGGACAUCAUGUAACAUGA